GAUGUCUAUUUAGUUGCUCAAUAUGCUCGUCACGAAAUGAAGAAAAUGGAUGCAGAACUAGAAAAGAGACGAAUUGAAGAGUCCAAGAAGAUAAAGGCAACCGAAGAAGAAGUACUAAAAUCUAAUCCACAAUUAUUGGAGGUAAAAGAGAGAUUAGACAGCUUGGAAAAAACCGUCAAGGAGAUUGUAACGGAAUCCAAAAACCAAAGAAAUAUGAAAGUUUCAGAGCAAAAAGAAGAUGACAUAAAACAGCAUGUAAGCAGCACUGCUGCUGAACAGAGCCCGAACAAACAAGCUUCCGACAAACAAGAAAGACAACGGGACGAGAGUCAGACGGCUACACAUCGCGGAUCAACUAGUGCUGAGAAGUAAACCGCAAAUGGGUUCAGGUACGGGCCAGACAUUUUGAAGAAAAUUUUCGAUUAAACUGAUAGAGAAUGUAACAAUUGAGCAAUGAACUAGCUAUUUGUGAUGUCUAGUUU